AUACGGCUAGCGUAGCCAACAAGAAAAUAAACAAUUUCCAUUGGUUUUUUAAUACAUUCUGUUCGGUAUCGAUUUAUAUAUUCUGGUUGUAUUUUAAAUACGCAUAAGGGUAAUUCUUAUAAAAUGACUAUUUUAACAAAGCCUAGUAUAAUCCUGAAGAAGUCUGAUGUGACGGAGUCUCCAUUGGUUCAUGAUACGACCAUUUGCGAUGAGGAUAAAGUGGAGGUGCAUAUGCCACCGGUCUACUGGAGUCAGAAGAAGCGUUCUAAUGGUCUACUGUGCAUGUCGAUGAUCGCACUGCUGAUGGCUGUCACGGGCAUCAUCAGCGGGCUGCUGCUGUACCGCCAGUACUUACGCACCAACAUCGUCCACCGCUACCAGGGAUUCUGCUCCAUUCCAAGGGAACCUAAGCCAGAUGCACAGCUGCGCUGGCACUCGGACCCUGACCCAGAUGUGCAGGUGUUCAGCACCACCGAAACUGACAAUGAUGUGGACGACCUGCUCGAGCGUCUCGAGAUUGAUGAUGACUUUGAACGGAUCAUAGUGAUUGAUAGUGGCCGCAACGUUGAGUUCAUCCAUAACUUCAAUAUUAACAUGACUGGUAUCGUGGACAAGGACCGGUGCUUCUUCAUGCCGCUGGAGACGUCGCUGGUGCUGCCGCCGCCGCAGCUGCUGGCCGGCGUGGGCGCCGCCGGCGGCUGGGACGUGUCGCGCGUGCGCAGCGCGCUGCUCGCCGCCCUGCCCCCCGCGCCCCCCGCCGGCCUGCUGCGCACCAUGCGCACCGCCUGCCGCCCGCGCACCUCCUACAUGCUGCGGCCCGCCGACCUGCUCGUCCGCAAGCGGUCAGUGGACGAGCCCCAGCACGACUACAUCCAGUUCGCGGGGCAGCACAUCCAGGAGAUCCAGAUCAGCAACAUGGCCGAGCUGCUCGAGUACGAGCGCAACCACGCUUAGAGCAUCGGCCCUCACGUGGCGGACGACAUCGCACCACCACACAUCGUACCGACCACACCACACACAGUUAUGACUCUUGAUAUCGUCAAACUAAUUUACAAAUUAUAAAUUUUACAAUAAUUUGACAUGUACAAAAUUCUCUUUAUUCUCUUAUUCUCCUUUAACUGAGUUUGUAAAACUAAUCAUUUAAUAAUUUGACAUUUGCAAAAAUAAUAUUUAUAUGCUGAGGUUAAUUUGGUCCUACCAGAUUUCAAAUUAUCAAUUUUACAAUAAUUUAACAUUU